GAUAUUGGCACCUCUUUCCUCUUAUCUACCAUCACCGCUCCUUUCCUUUCUCUCCACCAUCCACGAUGUCGGCUGCGUUUGAUCCCAAAUCAGUCUUGAAGUUGGACGGUUAUCUUGAGCCUUUCCUCCCUACGAUUUCGCACCGUCAAGUCUUGUUUCAGAAGUGGAAAAGCACAAUUGAUCAAUAUGAAGGCGGCUAUGAAAAGUUCACUCGAGGUUUCGAGAAAAUGGGGCUCAAUGUGAAUCAAAGCGGAGAGGUAGUGUACAGAGAAUGGGCACCCAACGCGAAAGAAGCAACUUUGAUCGGAGACUUCAAUGGCUGGAAUAGGACUACUCACCCGAUGACCAAAAACGAGUACGGAAUAUGGGAGCUAACCAUUCCACCCAAGUCUCCUGGAGUUUGUGCAAUUCCUCACGACUCUAAAAUCAAAAUAUCUAUGAUUAUCCCAAGUGGUGAACGCAUCGAACGUCUUCCAGCUUGGAUCAAGCGUGUCACUCAGGAUUUAUCUGUUUCCCCGAUCUACGAUGCGCGUUUUUGGAAUCCUCCCGCAGCGGAACGUUACCAAUUCAAGCAUUCGCGUCCCCCUCAGCCUAAAGCAGCUAGAAUAUAUGAAGCUCACGUUGGCAUAUCCACUUCAGAAGGGAGGGUCGGUACCUACAAAGAAUUCACGAAGGAUGUUCUACCAAGGAUUCGGAAUUUGGGGUACAAUACCAUUCAACUGAUGGCUGUCAUGGAACAUGCGUAUUAUGCUUCAUUUGGAUAUCAAGUCACAAAUUACUUUGCUGCCAGUUCACGAUACGGCACACCCGAAGAACUCAAAGAGCUCAUUGACACCGCGCACGGCAUGGGUAUAACAGUUCUGUUAGACGUCGUCCAUUCACAUGCAUGUAAAAAUGUAUUGGAUGGCCUCAAUGCCUUCGAUGGUACAGACCACCUUUACUUCCAUGAAGGCGGAAAAGGGCGUCACGAACUCUGGGACAGCCGGUUAUUUAACUAUGGAUCUCACGAAGUUUUGCGUUUCUUGUUGAGCAACCUUAGGUUCUACAUAGAGGAAUACCAAUUCGACGGGUUCCGAUUUGAUGGUGUGACAAGUAUGAUGUAUACCCAUCAUGGUAUAGGUACUGGCUUCUCUGGUGGAUACCACGAAUAUUUUGGAGAUAGUUCCGAUGAUGAGGCAAUUGUUUAUUUAAUGUUGGCAAAUGAUGCAAUGCACCAACUUUACCCUUUCGUUGUUACCAUUGCUGAAGACGUUUCGGGAAUGCCCCUUCUUUGUAUCCCCCCAACCCAAGGAGGCGUCGGUUUUGAUUAUCGCUUGUCCAUGGCUAUACCCGAUAUGUGGAUUAAACUUCUCAAGCAUAAGACCGAUGAUCAGUGGGAUAUGGGCAACAUUGUCCACACUCUCAUUAACAGGCGUCAUGGCGAGCGGAGUGUGGCGUAUUGCGAGAGCCAUGACCAGGCCCUGGUUGGCGAUAAGACUUUGGCAUUCUGGCUGAUGGAUAAGGAGAUGUAUACACACAUGUCUGAUAUGUCACCUAUGACACCCAUCAUAGCAAGAGGGCUUGCAUUGCAUAAGAUGAUUCGUCUUCUCGUCCAUUCCCUCGGUGGAGAAGGAUAUUUGAAUUUUGAAGGCAACGAGUUUGGACAUCCCGAGUGGCUCGAUUUUCCUCGAGAAGGCAACAACAAUUCUUAUCACUAUGCGCGUCGCCAGUGGAACGUUGUCGAUGAUUUGGUUUUGCGGUAUCGGUACUUGAAUAACUUCGACUGUGUUAUGAACCAUCUCGAAGAUAAGUAUAAGUGGCUGUCAGCACCUCAGGCAUAUGUAUCGCUCAAGCAUGAAGGCGAUAAAGUAAUCGUGUUUGAGCGUGCUGGACUUCUCUUCAUUUUUAAUUUCCACCCCACAAACUCGUUCACGGAUUAUCGUGUGGGCGUUCAGGAAGCCGGAGAGUACGGCGUUGUGUUCAGCAGCGAUGAGAAAAGGUUUGGAGGGUUUGAUAACGUCUCACUGGACGGCAAGUAUUCCACGACGCCAAUGGAUUGGAAUGGGCGGAAGAAUUGGUUACAGGUGUACAUUCCAAGCAGGACUUGUCUUGUACUGGGGAAAUGAAAGUAAGCUAGUACUGUGGUAUGUUGUCUAUGUAUUAGUAGCUAGAUUUUCUGUGUAUGUCCAACGUGUAUGUGAGCGACGGGUUUCAGCAUGGUAGCGGCAUGCGUCGU